GGCGGGCGGGCGGCGGCGGGAGCGUAGCCGUCUUCACUUGGGUCGCAUCCUCUCGCCCGGGAGCCAAUUCCGCGCCCUGCUCCUCAUGACUGCGGCGCUUCUGCUGCCCCAGCCCUACCGGCCUCCGCUCGCUGCAGGAUGGAUGCGGACUGUGCGGCGCUAACCCCCGUGGCUCCGCUCCCUCCUAGCCCGCCGACGAGCCCGCCCCGUGAGCCGCAGCAGCCUCGGUGCCAGCAGCAGCAGCAGCAGCCGCCGCAGCAGCCGGACUCAGUGUCCCGCGUCGCCCUCGGGGCGCCUUGUCAGUGCUGAGUGGGAGUCGUCCGGUGGUUCCGAGCCCGCCGUAGGAGCGCUNCCCAGCACUUCUUGGUGGCUUCUCCGGGUCACCCUUUUCCCUUUUCAUUCAUAAAUCCGAGCCCGCAUUCUUCACUCCACCGGACCGACCAUGUCUGACGGUGCCGCCGAGAAGCAGAGCGGCACUCCGGGCUUCCUUACGCCUCCGGCGCCCGUCCCCAAGAAUGGCUCAAGCUCCGAUUCUUCCGUGGGCGAGAAACUGGGGGCCGCGGUCGCCGACUCGGGAGUUGGCAGGACGGAGGAAUAUCGGCGCCGCCGGCACACUAUGGACAAGGACAGUCGUGGGGCGGCCGCCACCACCACCCCCACGGAGCACCGAUUCUUCCGCCGAAGCGUCAUCUGCGACUCCAAUGCCACCGCGUUGGAGCUGCCGGGCCUCCCUCUCUCUAUCCCGCAACCUAGUGUACCCGCAGUGGUGCCCCAGAGUGCUCCACCCGAGCCUCACAGAGAGGAAACUUUGACCGCCACCGUUGCUUCCCAGGUGUCUCAGCAACCCGCGGCUGCUGCCUCCCCUGGGGAACAAGCCGUUGUAGGCUCAGCCACCACGACCGUCCCCAGCAGUACCAGCAAAGACCGCCCGGUGUCCCAGCCCAGCCUCGUGGGGAGCAAAGAGGAGCCACCGCCAUCCAGAAGUGGAAGUGGCAGUGGUGGCGCCAGCGCCAAAGAGGCGCAGGAGGAUAGGAGCCAGCAACAGGAUGACAUCGAAGAGCUGGAGACCAAGGCAGUGGGAAUGUCCAAUGACGGUCGCUUUCUCAAAUUUGACAUCGAAAUCGGCAGAGGCUCCUUUAAGACAGUCUACAAAGGUCUGGACACCGAAACCACUGUGGAAGUCGCCUGGUGUGAAUUGCAGGUAAUGCCCCACCCCCUUUUUUCUUAUUCGGUAGUUUGGAUCCCAAAUUUGGCUCUGUUAAGCCAGUUUGUCGAGUUCACUCUUUACUUUAAUUCUCUGACUCUGAGAAGGCGGGGGAGGCCGGCGUCCGAAGAGGUUGAAAUUGGGAGGUACUUAAAAAGGUUUAAAGUGAUGAAAAUCAAAGUUUUAAGAAGCUGGUGUCGGCAAAUCCUUAAAGGGCUUCAGUUUCUCCACACACGAACUCCACCAAUUAUUCACCGGGAUCUUAAAUGUGACAANAUCUUUAUCACUGGUCCUACUGGCUCAGUCAAGAUCGGAGACCUUGGUCUGGCAACUCUAAAGCGGGCUUCUUUUGCCAAGAGUGUGAUAGGUACCCCAGAGUUUAUGGCUCCUGAGAUGUAUGAGGAGAAAUAUGAUGAAUCCGUUGAUGUUUAUGCUUUUGGGAUGUGCAUGCUUGAGAUGGCUACGUCUGAAUAUCCAUACUCAGAAUGCCAAAAUGCUGCGCAGAUCUACCGUCGAGUGACCAGUGGAGUGAAGCCAGCCAGUUUUGACAAAGUAGCAAUUCCUGAAGUAAAAGAAAUUAUUGAAGGAUGUAUCCGACAAAACAAAGAUGAAAGGCCUCGUCGUGGCCGUAGCAUGUCGGUUUGUGUUCCCCAUCUUUCUGCUGUUCCCUCUCUAUCCCGCAUCUCUCCCAGUGCUCCUUCCACCCCACCACCAGUGCUGUCUGCACCUCUUUGUCAUUCCCUCCUUCGGACUGCCCCUGAGGAAACUUUUGCCGAAAAACUCUCUAAAGCAUUGGAGAGUGUCCUGCCUAUGCAAUCUGCCUCCCAGCGCAAGCAUCGACGCUCCAGCCUGCCUUCCCUCUUUGUCACUACUCCUCAGUCCAUGGCGCAUCCGUGUGGGGGGACCCCAACAUACCCAGAAUCACAGAUAUUUUUCCCAACUAUUCAUGAACGUCCAGUUUCUUUUUCACCACCUCCCACCUGUCCACCGAAAGUAACCAUUUCCCAACGACGUAAGAGCACCUCCUUCCUGGAAGCCCAAACUCGCCACUUCCAACCCCUGCUGAGGACUGUUGGCCAAAAUCAUCUUCCACCUGGUAGCAGCCCAACUAACUGGACACCAGAGGCCAUAGUUAUGUUGGGUACUACAGCCAAUAGAGUAAAUAGAGAGCUAUGUGAGAUGCAGGUCCAACCUGUGUUUGAGCCAACCCAGAUUUACAGUGACUAUAGACCUGGACUAGUACUGGCAGAAGAAGCUCACUAUUUUAUUCCUCAGGAAACAGUAUAUCUAGCUGGGGUGCAUUAUCAGGCCCAGGUGGCAGGACAGUAUGAGGGCAUUUCAUACAACUCACCAGUACUGUCAAGUCCUAUGAAACAGAUAACUGAACAGAAGCCAGUGCCGGGGGGGCCUGCCUCAAGUUCUGUCUUUGAAUUUCCUUCUGGACAGGCUUUCCUGGUAGGACACCUUCAGAAUUUAAGAUUAGAUUCUGGACCAAGUCCAGCAUCACCCCUCUCUAGUAUUUCUGCGCCUAACAGUACAGAUGCUACACAUCUGAAAUUUCACCCUGUCUUUGUACCUCAUUCUGCUCCAGCUGUGUUAACUCAUAGCAAUGAGAACAGAAGCAACUGUGUAUUUGAAUUUCAUGCUCAAACACCAAGUUCUUCAGGAGAAGGAGGUGGGAUUUUACCUCAACGUGUUUACCGAAAUCGACAGGUUGCAGUGGACUCAAAUCAGGAAGAACUGUCUCCUCAGUCAGUUGGAUUACACUGCCACCUGCAGCCUGUUACUGAAGAACAGCGUAAUAACCAGGCCCCAGAAUUGACCAUUUCUGUGGUAGAACCUAUGGGACAAAUCUGGCCAAUAGGAAGCCCAGAAUAUUCCAGUGAUUCCUCUCAAAUUACUUCUUCAGAUCUCAGUGAUUUUCAAUCACCUCCCCCUACAGGGGGGACAGCUGCACCUUUUGGCUCUGACGUCUCGUUGCCCUUUAUUCGCCUGCCUCAGACAGUAUUACAAGAAUCCCCACUAUUCUUCUGUUUCCCCCAAGGAACCACAUCUCAGCAGGUCUUAUCUGCUUCCUAUUCUUCAGGAGGAUCUGCACUCCAUCCACAGGCACAGGGGCAGAACCAGGGCCAACCAUCAAGUAGUUUGGCAGGGGUUCUAUCUUCACAACCUAUCCAACAUCCUCAGCAGGUAAAAAUGUUGCAUUUAAAUCUUGCUUUUGGCAGCUUUGCUUUUAAAAAAGUCUUGUUUUGUUUUUCUUUACCUUCCCAGCUUCCAGUUUCCCAGACAGUAGCAACUGUCCNAGGUGAACCUCACAUCCCAGUUUCAACACAACCCUCAGUUGUUCCAGUCCACUCUGGUGCUCAUUUCCUUCCUAUCGGACAGCCAAUCCCUACUUCUUUACUCCCACAGUAUCCUGUCUCUCAAAUUCCCAUAUCGACUCCUCAUGUGUCCACGGCGCAGACAGGUUUCUCAUCCGUUCCUAUAACAAUGGCUGCUGGCAUUAAUCAGCCUCUGCUCACCUUGGCUUCAUCUGCUACAGCAUCUUCAAUCCCAGGGGGAUCACCUGUAGUUCCUAAUCAGCUUCCAACUCUUCUGCAGCCUGUGAAUCAGCUGCAGAGUCAGGUUCACCCACAGCUUCUACAGCCAACAACAGUUCAGUCCAUAGGAAUACCAGCUAACCUUGGACAAGCUGCUGAGGGUCCACUUCCCUCUGGAGAUGUUUUGUACCAGGGCUUCCCAUCUCGACUGCCACCACAAUACCCAGGAGAUUCAAAUAUUGCUCCCUCUUCCAACGUGGCUUCUGUUUGCAUCCAUUCUACAGUCUUAGCCCCUCCUUCUAUGCCGACAGAAGCAUUGGCCACCCAAGGUUACUUUCCUACAGUAGUGCAGCCUUAUGUGGAAUCAACUCCUUUGGUUCCUAUGGGCAGUGUAGGAGGCCAGGUUCAAGUGUCCCAACCAGCAGUGAGUUUAACGCAACAACCCCCUACUACAUCCUCCCAGCAAGCANUUCUGGAGAGUACUCAGGGAGUCUCUCAGGCUGCUCCUCCAGAACAAACUCCAAUAACACAGUCACAACCUACUCAGCCUGUUCCAUUGGUUACCUCUGCAGACAGUGCACAUUCAGACGUUGCUUCUGGUAUGAGUGAUGGCAAUGAGAAUGCUCCAUCAUCCAGCGGGAGGCAUGAAGGGAGGACAACAAAACGGCAUUAUCGAAAAUCCGUAAGAAGUCGCUCUCGGCAUGAAAAGACUUCUCGCCCAAAACUGAGGAUUUUAAAUGUUUCAAAUAAAGGAGACCGAGUAGUAGAAUGUCAAUUAGAGACUCAUAAUCGGAAGAUGGUUACAUUUAAAUUUGACCUAGAUGGUGACAACCCUGAAGAGAUAGCAACAAUUAUGGUGAACAAUGACUUUAUUCUAGCAAUAGAGAGAGAGUCUUUUGUGGCUCAAGUGCGGGAAAUUAUUGAAAAGGCUGAUGAAAUGUUAAGUGAGGAUGUCAGUGUGGAGCCUGAGGGUGACCAGGGAUUGGAGAGUCUGCAAGGAAAGGAUGACUAUGGCUUCCCAGGUUCUCAGAAAUUAGAAGGAGAGUUCAAGCAACCAAUUGCUGUAUCUUCCAUGCCACAACAAAUAGGUGUUCCUACCAGUUCUUUAACGCAAGUUGUUCAUUCUGCUGGAAGACGGUUUAUAGUGAGUCCUGUACCUGAAAGUAGAUUACGAGAAUCAAAAGUUUUCACCAGUGACAUAUCAGAUCCAGUUGUGGCCUCUACAUCUCAGGGCCCUGGAAUGAACUUAUCUCACUCUGCUUCAUCCCUCAGUCUCCAGCAGGCUUUUUCUGAACUGAAACAUGGUCAGAUGACUGAAGGACCCAAUACAGCACCUCCAAAUUUUAAUCACACAGCUGGACCAACAUUUUCUCCCUUUUUGGCUAGCAUUGCUGGUGUCCAAACUGUAGCAGCAUCCACACCGUCAGUAUCAAUCCCUAUAACAAGCAGCCCUCUUAAUGACAUUUCCACAUCAGUGAUGCAGUCUGAGGCUACACUGCCCACUGAAAAAGGCAUUGUGGGAGUUACCACCAGCACAGGUGUGGUAGCUUCAGGUGGUCUCACCACAUUGUCUGAGUCACCAACAUCUUCCAGUGCGGUUUCAAGUUCUACAGUACCUGCAGUUGUCACUGUGUCUACACCAUCCCAGCCAGUUCAGGCUUCCACAUCUGGGAGCAUUGCUUCUAGUACAGGCAGUUUUCCUUCUGGAACAUUUUCUACAACUACAGCUACUACAAUGGGUAGUGUGGCAGCCCCAGAUGCUAAGCCUCCAACUGUAUUAUUGCAACAGGUAGCAAACAAUACUGCUGGGGUAGCCAUAGUGACAUCAGUCUCUACCACCACUCCAUUCCCAGGCAUGGCUUCACAGCCAUCCCUUCCACUUAGUAGCAGCACCUCUGCUCCUACUCUAGCUGAAACAAUGGUCGUUAGUGCACACUCACUAGACAAGGCAUCUCACAGUAGUACAGCAGGAUUGGGUUUAUCUUUUUGUGCCCCNUCCUCUUCUUCCUCCUCUGGAACAGUUGUGUCUACUUCUGUUUCUCAGCCUGGUAUGGUUCAUCCUUUGGUCAUCUCAUCAACUGUGGUUUCUACACCUGGCCUCCCCCAACCAGCAGUACCUACUUCUACACCUUUAUUACCCCAAGUACCUAAUAUCCCACCCUUGGCACAACCUGUUGUUAAUGUGCCUGCUGUACAGCAAACACUCAUUCAUAGUCAGCCUCAACCAGCUCUGCUUCCCAACCAGCCUCACACACACUGUCCUGAAAUGGAUGCUGAUACCCAAUCCAAAGCUCCUGGGAUUGAUGAUAUAAAGACUCUGGAGGAAAAGUUGAGAUCUCUCUUUAGUGAACACAGCUCAUCUGGAACUCAGCAUGCUUCUGUCUCCCUAGAGACACCUUUAGUAGUAGAGACGACUGUCACACCAGGCAUCACUACCACUGCUGUAGCACCAAGUAAACUCAUGACUUCCACUACAAGUACUUGCUUACCACCAACCAAUUUACCAUUAGGAGCAGCUGGCAUGCCAGUUAUGCCAGUAGGCACACCUGGGCAGGUUUCUACCCCAGGCACACACGCUUCAGCCCCAGUCGGCACUGCAACAGGAGUAAAACCUGGAACAACUCCCCCAAAGCCAACUAAGACUGUGGUGCCNCCAGUGGGUACUGAACUUUCAGCCGGUACUGUACCCUGUGAGCAGCUGCCACCUUUUCCUGGACCUUCUCUAAUUCAGUCCCAGCAACCACUAGAAGAUCUUGAUGCUCAGUUGAGAAGAACACUUAGUCCAGAGACUAUUACAGUGGCAUCUGCAGUUGGUCCUUUGUCUACGAUGUCUUCAACAACAGUUACAGAAGCAGGGACUCAGCUUCAAAAGGAUGGCACAGAAGGUCAUGUCACAGCAACUAGUUCAGGAGCUGGUGUUGUUAAGAUGGGGCGAUUUCAGGUUUCAGUUACAAUGGAUGAUGCCCAGAAAGAACGUAAAAAUANGUCAGAAGAUACAAAGUCGGUUCAUUUUGAAUCUAGCACAUCAGAGUCAUCAGUUCUUUCAAGUAGUAGUCCAGAGAGUACCNUGGUAAAGCCAGAGCCUAAUGGAAUUACUAUUUCUGGCAUCUCCUUAGAUGUCCCAGACAGCACCCACAAAGCACCUACCCCAGAAGCAAAGUCAGAUGCAGGACAGCCUACCAAGGUGGGACGUUUUCAGGUGACAACUACAGCCAACAAAGUGGGUCGUUUCUCUGUUUCAAGAACUGAGGACAAGGUCACAGAGCUCAAAAAAGAGGGACCAGUGGCCUCUCCUCCUUUCAGAGAUUCAGAACAAACUGUUAUUCCUGCUGUGAUACCAAAGAAGGAGAAGCCUGAGCUGGCGGAACCUUCCCAUCUGAAUGGGCCAUCUUCAGACCUAGAGGCUGCCUUUCUAAGUAGGGGUACAGAGGAUGGCUCAGGUAGUCCACACUCUCCCCCUCACCUGUGUUCAAAGAGCCUUCCCAUCCAGAAUCUAAGUCAAAGCCUUAGUAAUUCAUUCAACUCCUCGUACAUGAGUAGUGACAAUGAGUCCGACAUUGAAGAUGAAGACUUAAGGUUAGAAUUACGACGACUACGAGAAAAACAUCUUAAAGAGAUUCAGGACCUGCAGAGUCGUCAGAAGCAUGAAAUUGAAUCUUUGUAUACUAAACUGGGCAAGGUUCCCCCUGCUGUCAUUAUUCCCCCAGCUGCUCCUCUGUCGGGGAGAAGAAGGAGACCUACUAAAAGCAAAGGCAGCAAGUCUAGUCGCAGCAGCUCAUUGGGCAAUAAAAGCCCACAGCUUUCAGGUAACCUGUCUGGUCAGAGUGGAACUUCAGUCUUACACCCACAACAGACCCUCCAUCCCGCAGGAAACACCCCCGAGACUGGGCACAGCCAGCUGUUACAGCCUCUUAAGCCAUCUCCCUCCAGUGACAACCUCUAUUCAGCCUUUACCAGUGAUGGUGCCAUUUCAGUACCAAGCCUUUCUGCUCCAGGUCAAGGGACCAGCAGCACAAAUACCGUUGGAGGAACAGUGAGUAGCCAGGCUGCCCAGGCUCAGCCUCCUGCUAUGACUUCCAGUAGGAAGGGCACAUUCACAGAUGACCUGCACAAGUUAGUAGACAACUGGGCCCGAGAUGCCAUGAAUCUUUCAGGCAGGAGAGGCAGCAAAGGACACAUGAAUUAUGAGGGCCCUGGAAUGGCAAGGAAGUUCUCUGCUCCUGGGCAGCUGUGUGUUCCCAUGACCUCAAACCUGGGUGGCUCUACCCCCAUCUCUGCAGCAUCUGCUACCUCUCUAGGUCACUUCACCAAAUCCAUGUGUCCCCCACAGCAGUAUGGUUUUCCACCUGCCCCAUUUGGCACUCAGUGGAGUGGAACAGGUGGUCCAGCACCNCAGCCACUUGGCCAGUUCCAACCUGUAGGAACCGCAUCCUUGCAAAAUUUCAACAUCAGCAAUUUGCAGAAGUCCAUCAGCAAUCCCCCAGGUUCCAAUCUACGGACCACCUAGUCAGCAGCAAGGAUGUUAACUGAGUANAUUUGGGGGCAGGAAAUGGAAUGCUGGGGGGUGGGGGUGGGGAAGUAGCCUAUAUACUAACUACUAGUGCUGCAUUUAACUGGUUAUUUCUUGCCAGAAGGGAAUGUUUUUAAUAUCAUUUUGAGCCCUCAGAAUGGAGAACCACCCUCCUUCUCCGUUUGUUGGAGUUAUAAAAGAAGGAAAGAACAGCUUUCUGGUGGAGGGGCUGCCUGAGACUGCUUUUCUGUUUUUGUACCCACCAGUAAGGCCUAGAACUAGAAGAGAGCCUUGUUACCAGAAAGCCCCAAGAGCUCAAUGUAAGCCAAACCCGAUCUGUAUCUGUAAGUGGNCAGAGCUCUUAAUUUUGACAUGUGUCCCAAAUUCCUUAUUCCCUCAACAAUGCACACCUUAAGACAAAGGUUCUCUCCACUCUGAUCCCUACCCCCACUUUUCCCCCCUUUUACAACCUAGUGAAAAAUACCAGGGGACUGGGGCUGCAACCCUUUCUUACAUAGGUCAUUAAUGCUUUAAGCAAAAGAUAUUAGCAGCUUUGACUGCAGCAUUAGCAAUUAGGGAAAACAAUGAUGUUCCCUGCGGACAUGUAACUUUGCCAUCAGUUUUGAUGUGGAAACACUGUGAUAUAUAAAUGUUGUUGGACAACAUUAGUUUUAAGAGAAAAAUUUGAAAGGUUUAAAAGGUUCACACACACACAAAAGCUAGCUCUGUCCUUUACUUAUUAAGACACUUUAACUUUUUCCUUUGUAUUUCCAUUGUAUUAGAUAAAUAAAUGUGAAUGUAAAAUUGUAUAAAUUACUGUACUUGAAUACUUCUGUUCUCCCAGUAUUGCUUGCUGGAUAUUUUAGUGCCUUGGACUUCUAUUGCUUCUGCUGUUAGCAUCAACUUACCAGACCCCAGGUCACCAAAGGGUAUGUGGAAAAGAAAUCUUAGGUCCACAUGACCCCAGCAGUGGAUAUGCCAAAGGGAAAAUGAAAGUGUUUUUGGUUUUGGUUUGGUUUAUUUUUUUGUUUUGUUUUUGUUUUUGUUUUUUUCAGUCGUUUCAAUUUUGCCUAGAGCAGGUGUAAGGUGAGCACAGUGAAGUUGGCAUCAGUGGUUGAAAACAAAGUUCUGUUUCAGAAAGAAUGAGGAGGGCUGUGAGCUGUGUGUGAAAGACAAGGACUGAAGAUGUGGGGACAAGCUUGUUUGAAGUGAUGCUUGGCCAGUGAACAAACAAGAUCUAGAAGAGAUUAAACAAAAAGAGGGGAGUGGGCUAGAUUUUAAGUUGGGAAGGAUGAUAGUGCCAAGUCACAGAUGGAAANUGUUGCUCUAAGGAAACCUGCUUGGUUGCCCCCACCUCUUGUUGCACAAGUACCACACUUUCUCUGCUUUAAGUACUGUAUUGUGGGAAUUCAACCCACUUCUGACUUUCUAAGCAUUGUAGGAAAAAGUGCUUAUUUCCUUUCCUACCUGUAGCACAGUCAGAAUCUAUUGUGCUGCCUGUACUUCUAUAUUAGAAUACUCUCACAUUUUCAUACCCAUAUCCCCAAAUAACAGCAACCAACCAGUAUUAUCUGAUUUUUCUGGCAAUAGGGACCUAAUUGGCUGAUUGGGAUCUGAAUAUUCUGGAAAAGUGGAGAAAAGUAGAACUUAUUUCUUGGGUGCUUCCUCCUUCACCUUGAGUUGGGAACUGACACAUUUCCAACUUUAUGACACAUCCCAGGAGUUGCCACACUAGCAAGGCUUCUUUCUGUAAGAGUCUUGUUCUUUUUAAGUUGGUCGAGGCCCAAAGAUACAAGUGAGAGCUGAAAGUUUCAGGAGAGGGAAGUGUAAUGAGCAGGGCUUUUGUUUCAGGUCGUGCUACCAAAGUGCUGACUCAUUUAUUCCUUUUGGGAGAGGGUAACAGGUACUGUGGGAGUGAAGCAGGGUACAGGAUGACUGAGUGCUUCGUACCAGCAGUAGAGGGAGCCAAAUGCANCAUGUGGUGUUUGGUUUAGUCAUCCUGAGUGAGGUCUGUUCCCCCUUCACAGAGGUUUACUGUUGGUUUCCCCCUCCUGUGGAUGAAAUAACUGAAGCCUAGAGAAACGAGCUAGUGCUACUGAACUGUUUAAAUUAUUUUUGUGUUAAUAGUACACUUUGAGUAUCUUUCCACAUUUAAAAAGAACUUUCCGAAUUAUAAAUGUUUUCCUUACGUUAUUUAACAAUGUACACUGUUUAAAACUGAAUUCAAACCUUGGGGUUUCUCAGCAGCCGUUAACUGUACAUUUGCACUAACUCCGGGGGUUGCGCUUCUGUAAGAUUGCGCUUUGUGCUUCAGUUUGUUACCUUUGUAGACUUAUUUAAUGAAACCAUUCAAAUAAACCAAACUUGCUUUUGUUGAA